GGUGACGCGGGGAGAGAUGCGAGCCGCCAGCUCGCUCCCUGCAGCGGCGCCGGGCUCUUCCCUUGCAAAGCCUCCGCCUGAUCAUCCCACGUUCUUUCUGUCUUUUUUUCCCCGUGCAAGGAGGGAGAAGUCGGCAUUUCCCCAUGUGAAUUGAUUUCGAAACUCUGCGCUCUUUUCCAGACCUUUUCAUGCCCUCUUUCCCCCCCCCGCAAAUAAGAGGAUUAAAAAACCGGACGCCCCCUUCAACGGCUGAAGGAGCUGCCUGCCCCCGGAGGAGCCCGUCGCGGCUGCGAUCCUGCAAAGAGUAAGGGCAGAGCGGGCAGGAGGAGAGCACUUAUAACCAGGCCCAUGAAUGAACGGGGAUCGUUUGGGAGCCUAGAAGGUGCUGUGUCGCAGCCGGAGAUUUAGACCUGAACCGGCUCAUUCAAUGCCACUGACUUGUGCCUCGACUUCCAUUCUUUACCAUGGCCAAAUUAGAGACCCUCUCCGUCCUCAGUGACUCCAGCUACCACAGCAAGGAAGCAUUCCACUCUUUCGAUCCCAGGCUCUCUGAACCUGCCUCCCAAGGCACUAUGGGAAGUGUCGGCAGCGGCGUCGCCAACGAACAGGAGUUUGCCAUGAAGAGCGUGGGCACCAGGACUCAGAACAGCAGCCGGCAGGUCGACGGGUCCCGGAAUACCUACUCCUCCACGCGGGAGAUCUCGAACCGCUAUUCUGGGGAGGAGAAAACCUACAAGGUGGAAAAGAUCUCCCAGUCCGUAUACAUCAAUGGGGACCUGCGCAAGAGCGAGAAAGUGAAGGCGGACCUCUGUGGGAACGUUGCAGCCAACAAUGAGAAGAACAUGCCACCUCCUCCCCAGUACAGAGAGCCUAGUAACCCACCAAAGAUAUUGCCAAUCUCUGGUAAACUAGACCAGAGCAACGAGCCCUUAGUUAGACCUUCAGCCUUUAAGCCAGUGGUUCCUAAAAACUUCCACUCCAUGCAGAAUCUCUGCCCGCCGCAGAACCAUGGGAUAUCGGAGAACCGAAAGACCUUGAACCACACCAACAGCAAUAGCCCUUCCACUGUCAAAAGCGGCCUUGAAAAGUCCAGCCUUAACAGGACUACCAACCAAGCAGGCAGCCUCUCCGAUUCUGGCCGCAACUCUUUGACAAGCUUGCCCACCUAUGGCACAGGUUAUAGCCAGCACGUUGGCCCGAUGAGCGCUUCAACCAGCCACAUAAACCGUAUUGGGACGACCUACACGGACAAGAACGUUGUGGGAUACAACGGGAUAUCUACCUCAGACAGCGGGCGGUCUUCCAGUAAGAGCACGUCUUCGUUCAACAGGCUCAACCAUCUCAACGAAACGAUUCCUUUCCACUCUCCUUCCAUGGAUGACAUCAUCCAAGACUUGGAAGAUAGGCUGUGGGAGAAGGAACAGGAGGUCCUUCAGAUGAGGAGGAACCUGGACAAGAGCGAGGCAGCCAUUUACCAGGUCUUUGAGGAGAAGCAAAAGAUCUGGGAGCGCGAGAUGGAGGACCUCCGGCAGAAUUAUGCCAAUAAACUGCAGCAGGUCUCCAAGAAGGCGCAGAGGGCCCAGCAAGCUUUGCAACUUCAGAUCUUUAAGCUCCAGCAAGAGAAGAAGAAGCUCCAGGAUGAUGUGGGGCAACUCCUCCAACAACGGGAGGAGCUGGAGAAGAAAUUUGUUGCUUUCAAGAAAGAGCAGGCUGAAUUUCUUCCUAAGAUUGAGGAGACCAAGUGGGAGGUGUGUCAAAAGGCAGGUGAGAUCUCUCUGCUGAAGCAGCAGCUGAAGGACUCCCAAGCUGAUGUCUCCCAGAAGCUAAAUGAGAUUGUUGGGCUGCGGACCCAGCUCAAGGAAGGCAAGAGCUUCCUCAGGGAGAAGGAAGAGCAGAUCCUGACUCUGAAGGACUCCUGUAGCACCAAAAGUGUCAGCCUGGACCUCUGUGAGAAUGAGCUGCAGCUGAAGAUGGAUGAGGUACAGAUGCUGAGGGAGAAACUUGGCCAGUGUGAGCUGGAGGUCUCUAACCUGAAGCAGACCUUGACCAGCCUAGGUGGGCCCCAUGGCCAGUUCAGUGCUGAGCUCACGGAGAAGCUUGCGAGGGACACCUUGGCCUGCGAGAGUGAUGAGGCCAAAAUGAAGCGGCAGAGCGAGGAGAGCUUCAGUGCCCUGAAGAAGGAGGUGGAGAGGCUCCAGGCCGAGCUGAAGGCCGAGCGGCAGCAACGGGAGCAACAAGUUGCAGACUUUGAGGAGGAGCGCCGCACUUGGCAGGAGGAAAAAGAGAAAGUAAUCAAGUACCAGAAGCAACUGCAGCUGAACUAUGUGGAGAUGUACCAGAAGAACCAAAUCCUGGAGCACAAGGUCAGCGAAAUGACCAGCAAGAUCACCAGCCCGCCACACACCGACGAGAAGAAAACGUGGACUCCUUCCAGGCUGGAGAGGAUAGAGUCCACAGAGAUCUAAGGAAAGAACCGAGGUGUUUAAAGUACGUUUUAUUUUCUAAUUACUGUGCAUGUACUUCAGCGGGUGAUCUUCCUAAGGAGAAUAUGCUAUAUAACCAGCAGUGUAAGUGUGACUGCCCUGGGCCCCUCCAACAGGCUUUGGUGCUCCACAGGUUGUUAAAAAAAUAGACACAGGUGUUCUUUUUGUGUUCAAGGAGAUGAUCUGAUAUCGGAGGUACUGGGGGGGGGGGAUUGUUAUUUUAAUUCAUUUGUUAGCCCCAUUGACAAAGAAACCACAGAUCUCUUUAUAGCUGCCAUUACUGCUAUCUGUUCCCUCCAGCACCUCUUUCAUGUUCUUCCGAGGAAGGCAGUCACAAUCUUCUUUUGCCGGGGCAUUUUAGCCAUAUUGGCUAGUAGAAGUCAUGCCACGUACACCAUAGCCUAGGGCAGCUGUCCCUAGCUUGGUGCCCUGCAACAUCCAUCAGCCACAGUCAACAUGGCUAAUAGCCAGAGAUUGAGGGAGAUCCCCAGGUUUGGGAAGGCUGUCUUAGAACAUAUCUGCACCACAACCUGACUCAGGCCCCAUCUGCGCUAUACAUUUUAAGCACUAUAAUACCACUUUCAACAAUGAUGGCUUCCCACCCCACAAAGGAUGCUAGGAACCAUAGUUUGUUAAGGGUGCUGAGUGUCACACUCACACACCCUCAACAAACAAGGAUUCUUUGAGGAAACCAUUAUGGUUAAAAGUGGUAUAAUACUCUUUUAAAUGUAUAGUGCGGCCUUAAUUGUGAUUUCUACUCCAUGGAUAACCCCAGAUACCAUAAUUCUGAGAGAAGUGAGGGUACAGAUCUCUUGCAGACAUUUCUCAGAAGCUUAAAAAAGCUGCAGUUCCCAAGGACCUUUGAGAGAAGCCAUGACAGGCUAAAUUUGCAGUGUACAUAUGCCCCAUUUUUAAAAAAGGAAUCAUCUAUAAAAGAUCAUUCUCAGCCCACAAUAAUGGGCUUCAUUUGUACUGCAUUCAACCCUAUGCCAGGCCUAUUAUUAUCCAUUUGGGAGGAAAGCCUAUUUAUUUCAGUGGAAUUUCCUUGCAGAUUACGUCUAGUUCACACUCCACCUUAGUUUGUAGGGUGUGCAUAUGGUGGAGAAAGGAGCAGAUUGUGAGCUAUUGGAUAAGUGUGGCCUACCACUCAGGCACACUGACAUGCACAAACUGGGUUUAUACUAGCGAGGUUCUAUACAGGCAACAGAGGCUCACUUCUGGGCAUGUACAGCUUAUAUAUCCUAUGCAGUGUGAACUGGGUUGUAGCAUCCUAAAGCUUUUUGCUGUUGAGUAAAUAACUCAAAGGUGGUGUUCCACAUUCCCUGAUGUGAGAACCAUGAGUGGAGGUGGCAUGAGUUGGCCUGAAUUGGCGACCAUCUAUGAAUCAUGAAUGUUCACAACUUUUUUUUUUACUACCAUCUUAGAUAGUUUGCACAUCACACCUCAUUCCCAUUUCUUUAAUGCAGCCAAGAGAGUAGGAACCAAAGUGCCAAAUAUAGUUGGUGGGGCAGGGAUUGGAGAGAGAGAGAGAAGGUAGAAAAGCAACAGAGCCCUGUGAUUGGAAAGGAUAUCCUGGGGCAUCAAGUCCAUCUCCGAACACUUCACGCACACUCAGUCAAGCAAUCAGCUGCAAUAUCCAGCUUGGAUUAAACAGAAGAACCAUGGAAGUUCUAGAUCAGGUGUGGGGAACUUUGGCCCUCCAGAUGUUUCUGAACUGCAGCUCUCAUCAUCCCCUGGCCAUUGGCCAUGCUUGUGGGGGCUGAUGGGAGUUGUAGUUCAGCAACAUUGGGAGGGCCAAAGGUUCCCUACACAUAAGAAGAGCCUGCUGGGCCAGGCCAAUGGCCCAUCUUGUCAAGGAUCCUGUUCUCAGAGUGGCCAGCCAGAUGCCCCAGUGGGAAGCCCACAAGCAGGCCUGAACGCAAGAGCACUCUCCCCUCCUGCAGUUUCCAACAGCAACCGUUCUGGAUCAUUCGCACUGCACUUUGCCCAGCAGAAAACUAGAGCAGAACUCUCUUCUCAUAUUUUUCAUGAGCAAGUUUGGCCUAACAGAGAUGGAUUACAACUAGAGAUGAAAUAUAUUGAUACAUAUAUGUUUUUUUUCCCCUUGUCGAGUAACAAAAGCACACACACAGGGAGAGAAGCUGUGGGUUGUACGCAACUAACACGUCCCAUUAGCUCAAGGAUUUCCAUUUGUGCAGCAGGAUUCCCCCCCCUCCUCCCUCACACGCACCCUGUGCCCUCCCCAAACCUGCUUCAGAGAGUUUAAAAGGGGGGGGAGACCUGCUGUGCAAUUGGAAAUCCUUGCACUGAUGGGAGAGUGAUGUAGUGCUGCUUUGGAUACAUAUAUGGGUAUAUCCCUUACUGCAAGGGUAUCUAGCCCCUGUUCGCCCCCCUUCCUCCCCAUAGGAACAUAGGAAGCUGCCUUAUACCAAGUCAGAUCAUUGGUCCAUCUAGCUCAGCACACACUAACUGGCAGCAGCUCUCCAGGGAAAUGCCAGGCCUGGAACCUGGGGCCUUCUGCAUGCAAAGCAGAUGCUCUGCCACUCAGCUACGGCCCAGCCAACAUGGCUAAUUGCCAAGGAUGAUGAGAGCUAUGCAACAACGUCUGGAGGGCCACAGGGUCCAUAUCCCUGCCUUGCUGCACUUUACAUAGAUUGGAUGGAAAUUCCUAUCCAAGAUGGGCAGCUGCAUUAUGAAAUGCACUUGGGUGUGUCUCAGAUUGCCCAGGCAUUAAUGCUCACAGCCUCGUUUGGAUUGGAGCCACUGGAAUGGAGGGAGAGUGCAGGGGGAAUCAGAAAACAUCUGGAACGCUUUGUUGCUUUUGGAAUGAAACUUCCAAAAGAAGACAUCAACUGGGGAGAGGCCUGGCCCGGUGUUGGGGCGGGGGUCUGGAAGAGUCUUGUGGGCUGGUUAAAGAAACCUGGAGAAUAGGGGAGGCAUUUGAUUCAGUUUGCACCUAAAGGCAAACCUAACUAAUUCACACUUUUCGAAACAAGAUGUGAGCCAAAAUCCAGCCAUCCCUCAAAAUGUUCGCUUCUCCAUAUUUUGAGACACAGUUCUCCAGCCGAGUAACGUGUACAAGAAUGCAUGCACUGGGGAAGGUAUGCACAAAAAUGCACAUAUGAGGGAAAAUUGCUUUGGGGGGGAAACGUGCUUACAGAGGAAAAAUUCAUACAAAAAUGUGUAUAUUAGGAGAAAAUUGCACAAAAAUGCUAAUGAUUUUCAUGAGGUUUUUUUAUUUUAAUUGCAAACUGAUGUGCAGUUGCAAAGAACUGAACUUGAAACUGGAAAAAUGAGAAGCCGAGAAACCAAAAUGGACAGAUUUGCCCACUUUUACUAGAGACGCAUUUGGUCCAACAGCUGGAUGUCCUCACCCACAGUGCCCUCUGCUUCGCCCACACAUACUUGCUUUAUUUGUGUUUCCGUAUCAUCUGCAUUUAAGCAAACAUGGGUGACCCCCCUCAUUCACUUCUCAUUCGGCCCUCAAGCUUGUGCUGUUCACUGGAAGUGGGUGAUAAGCCUGUUAGAUGAGCAGCAGUCAACUUGAAGGCUACCACUGAACUUCUAGCCAGGCACAGGCCAAGGGUUUACAGCUGAAGAUCCAGCACAGGCAACCUGGAAAAUGGGACACAGCAAAAUUCAUGGCUAGAAAUUUGGCGAGAAACUAUAGACACCCAAGGGCCAGGUUCAGAGUAGUUACCAUCUCGAGAUGAACAUAGGAAACUGCCAUGUACCAUGUCAGAACAUUGGUCCAGUUAGCUCAUUAUUGUCUACAUUGGCUUGCCACAGCUCUCCAGGAUUUCAGACAGGUGUCUCUCCCCCAGAGACGCCAGGGAUUGAACCUGGGACCUUGGAUGCAAUGCUGGUGCUCUACCAUUGAGCUAUGGCUCUCUCCCAUAGUUCCAUCCAGUCAUUUCACUUCUUUUCCCUCAUAACUGAGCUCCUGCCAUCAGGUAUCCCUGUUUCAGCAGCUGCACAGUCAGGUGUGUCUUCUUAGGAUUUAGCAAGCACUUAACAUCUCUGGUUAGAUCCCGGUAAAGUUAGAUAGGCAGUCAUUUUUGUGGCAGAGUUUUUGAGCGACUGGAUUUGCUGUUCUCAAGACUGAGGUAGUGUUUUGCUAGCCCGUACCCAUUUAGCCAGAUUGUCUCAACUUUUCCACACGCUUUAAUGUGGACCAUCUUAUCUGCCGUAGGGUAGGAAAGGAAUGAAUGCUAUGCAAGUCUGAUAAAAACCAGUUAUUCGUAGAAAUCAGUAGGAACUCAAAAUUUCUUACGGAGGAGCAGUCACUUAAAGGAGCACAGGGCUAAUAAAGUGUUGCUGGGCUUGCACUUAAGGAAAAUUUUAGCAAAGGUUGCUAUUCAGGACAGGAACAGGCAGUGCCAUUUUUCCAGUACUAAAAUAUUGCCAAAUGAAUUCAGCUAACCUCGGUCACACAAUGGGACUUUCCCUCCUCUCUUCCCCACCACAUACACCCCCCACGCCCUCCCCAAAUCUUCUCCAAAAGGUGUGGGGGGAAAAUAAUACUGAAAAUAAAACUGCCAAUAUUAUAAUGCUGUAGACAAAUUUAUGGUGUGACUGCAUUUGGAAUACUGUGUAAAAUUCUGGUGACCUCACCUCCAAAGGGAUAUUGUGAAGUUGGAAAAGGUUCAGAAAAGGGCAACCACAAUGAUCAAGGGGAUGGAGUGACGACUCUAUGAGGAAAGGUUGCAGCAUUUGGGGCUUUUUAGUUUAGAGAAAAGGCGAGUGCAAGGUGACAUGAUAGCAGUGUAUACAAUUAUGUAUAACAUGGCAAAAGCGGACUGAGAAAAGUUUUUCUCUCUCGUAACACUAGAACUCAUGGACAUUCAGUGAAGCUGAAUGUUGGAAGAUUCCAGACAGACAAAAGAAAGGACCUCUUUACUCAGCGCAUAGUGAAACAAUGGAAUUCUCUCCCGCAAGAGGAAGUAAUGUGUAUCAACUUGGAUGGCUUUAAAAGACGGUUAGACAAAUUCAUGGAGGAUCGAAGGCUAUUUUGGGCUACUAGCCAUGAUGGCUAUGUAAUACCUCUAGAGUUGGAGGCGGUAUGCCUUUGAAUACCGGUUGCUGGGAAUCGCAAGUGGGGAGAGUGUUCUUGCACUCAGGUCCUGCUUGCGGGCUUCCCAUGGGCAUCUGGUUGGCCACUGUGAGAACAGGAUGCUGGACUGGAUGCGCCACUGGUCUGAUCCAGCACAUUCUUCUUACAUUAUGUUCUUAAUCCCAGAACAGAUUUAAGAGGUGCAUGGAGGGAGGAGAGGGGGAAAGUCCUGUUGCACUAGCAGUAAUCCUUUUGCUGAGGGGACCGUGACUCAGCACUGUUGGAUACAACUCAGUGCUGGGAAAAUGUGACAUCCUUGUAACAGAAGUGCUACCUUGAAACAAGCUAUUGGACCCUGUCUGCGCUACAAGGCAAAUCAUAUCUUGGCUCCCAACCAAAUAGCGAAACCAGUAGAAACGUAAGAGGAGCCCAGCUAGAUUCAUCUACCAAGAGCCUAUCUAGUCCAGACACCUGCUUCUCACACUGGCUAACCAGGUGCCUUCAGGGAACCCACAAGCAGGACUUGAGGCUAACAGCUCUGUUGCUCAUUUGCAAUGAGCAUUGCUGCUGAUGUGGGGCCCAUUUAGGUAAGUAGGCUUAUAUUCCAAAAUUGGUCAAAUUCCCUUUGACAGCUACUUAACCCCACAGUUGUCGCCACAUCAUCAGAGAGUGAAUUCCUUAAGUAAGAUUUUGCAUUUUGUGUUUGUUCUUGUCUUCUGAAUCCACUUUCAGUCAGUUUUAUUGCCUAAUACUAAAUCCUGAGUACUAGUAUUACGAGAGGAGGCACCACAUCUCUCGUUGGGCUUUGCAUCAAGCACUGGUGAUUUCUGACAAAGCUACUUGUCCCAUAAUUGAAGGGGACGCCAUGAUGGUUAAACUCAGUUUCAAGAGGAUUUAUAUUGGGAGUGUAGAUGUGCCAUCCGAUCUCCCAUAGCAAAUCAGUAACAAGUACAAAAACUCUGUGCUGUAAUUUGAGUGGGCUGUAUAAAAGCACCUUGAUGUUUUUGACAGAAUCCAUGGUUUGGCGUGCCUCUAGAAUGCCGAACUGGCAAUGCCUUUUUUAGAAAUUGUCCUUUUUUCUCUUUUUGGUGAUUUUUUUGGACCUAGAUACACCUUUUCCCUUCCACAAAUUUUCCCAACCUCUACCCACCACAGCAAGAUGCAGGGCCAGGCUGCCUAAGACAUUUUGGUGCCUGACAACACUCUCACAAAGGUACACAGAGAUCAUGUCCACACAAUACAUUUCAAGCACAUUUAACGCAGAUUUGAAGCACAUUUAAAGCACAUGGUUUCCCCACAAAUCCUGGGAACUGUGGUUUGUUAAGGAUGCUAGGAAUUUUUGCUCUGUGAGGGAUAAGCUACUGUUCCCUUGAUUCUUUGGGGGAAGCCAUGUGCUUUAAAUAUGCAUUAAAUGUGCUUUACAUGUACGGUAUAGAUAUGACCAGAGUCUCUGGGUGCAUCUACACCAUACAUGACUUCCCUGAAAGAAUCCUGGGAACUGUAGUUUCAUUAAGGAUUCUGGGAACUGUAGUUUCAUUAAGGAUUCUGGGAACUGUAGUUUCAUUAAGGAUUCUGGGAACUGUAGUUUCAUUAAGGAUUCUGGGAACUGUAGCUCUGCAAGAGGUAAACCAGGAUUCUUUGGUGGAAGUCAUGCACUUUAAAUGCGUGGUGUGGACGUGACCAGAAUAUCUUUCUAAACAUAUCUUAAUAGAUUUUUCUCACUCUAUAAUGGUGCCCAGAAUUUACUACCCGAGAGCCUAAUGGCGGUUGUGGGCCAUCAUGAGCAAACUGUACUGUUGCUAGCAUCAAAACUGCAGGAGAAUCGCUGCUAGGUUGUCUAUAUGUGAAAGUGCUUAUUAACUGAAAUAGGAAGCAAAUCAUUUAUAUGCUGCUAAGUUAUACAGAGACAAGUGUACUUGGAUGUAAAUAACUGUUCUGUAUAUGUAUAUAUGAUUAUUAAAGCAAAACACGUGUACAAAAAGAAAGAGAGAACUCUGUUAGUAACUGGGCUUUACAGUACGAGCAGACGGUUGAGAACUGAGUUUCUGGGGAGAAGACAAAACCUGGGAGGGUUCUCAAAAGCCCCACCGAUUUCAUGUGGUCUUGAAGUCACAGUGUACCUUCCUGGGGUCACAACAUGGCGGUCUUGUUUCAAUCUGUCGUUUCCUGUUGAUCGUCUUGGCGGGGGGGAACCUGAGGGUUUUAAGCUAUUUUCAAACGUUGCUGUGUUGUUGCUUUAUGAUUUGUGGUUUUGAAGCCGAGCUCUCUUGAAUGAGGCUGUUUAGAUCCCUCAUCCCAGCUGCAGCGGCAUCCCUGCCUGGAAGAAAUCCCCAAGGAGAGGAGGCAAUCACUUCCUGCAGGUGCAUUGUUGACUGAAGCAGCCAAGAAAAACAACCCAAGAAGAUCCGCCCUUUCCCUCUACUGUAACAGCACUUUAUAAUCUUUGCUUCCAGUUCCUGGCCAAUGUGACCAACAACCUGAUUGGAGGACCCUUCGGGAUGCUUUUGGAACCAUAUUUCUAUUUUUUUUAUUACACUGCUCUAGAGUGGGUAAUGUGCUACCAUGUGUGGUGCUAUGAGGUUUCCAGGGCAUAAGGUCUUCAUAAUCAAUGGAAUCACUGAGAAGUUGUGCACAUUACAAGUUAACUUUGUGAGGGCAACCACUUAACUUGUUUCUGUCUGUGGUUAAAAAGCCCCCCCCCCAAUUUUCCAAGACAUUGUCAGAUGCUGCCUGCACAUACUCAAUUGUUUCUCUCCGCAUCCAUGAGGGCUAGUUGCUUGCUCUUCUCUAAAGCUGAGAUACUCAGGUAGUAGCCAGAUGCUGGAUUUGGGGUCUGUCAGAAUUAUGAGCCACAACCACAAACCACCAUUUGGGAUGCUCAGUGUUUGUGAUGCAAUACCAAAUGGUGAGCUGGAUUUGUGACAAAUGCCCCAUUCAGAUGACCUGCUUUGUAAUGUGCACAGCGCUUCUGGGCUGGGGAAGGGGGAGCUGAAACAGGCAGCCUGCACAGAUGCUGUGUGAAAUGGUCCAGAGUGCAGUAGAUGCGUCCUAAAUUAAACAGCAGGGACAAACUGCUAGACCUGGAUGCUGCAACUAUGACGCUGUUUUAAAAUACCCGUUUUUUUCUGGGGAAUAGCCACUGUGAUUUGGAUGAAGGGCAUAGCAAGCCUUUCACGACCUUCAUCCCACAGAUGUUGCUGUAGUUGUCUGAGAGAACUGGGGAGUGGGCGGGCAGAAGUGGGAGAAGUUACCUUUUUCAUUCCACUUCUCUUGUAAAUCUUACUGUUCACCCGCAAAGGAUGUCGGAGGAAUUUGUUUUUAAAGAAUUCAACAUUUUUAUUGUUGCAGAACUGACUGUUAAACUUUCCUCUAGAG